AUGUACGAAUUCAAGAAUAAUAUACCUGCUGUAUCACUGCGUGUCAUACUUGAAAAUAACAAAUUGGUUGGAGUCAAUUAUGAUGAUUGGUAUCGCAAUUUGAGAAUUGUUCUCAUGCAUGAAAGGCUAAUUGAUAUAAUCGAUAAGCCUGCUGUUACGGCUCUAGUUCUUAAAGAGGAUGGAGGUAUUGAUAAUGAGGCAACCAAGGCUUAUGAGAAGUUCUUGGAAAAUUGUCUUACUGCCAAAUGCAUCAUUCUGGCAUCCAUGGGUUCUGAUCUUCAGAGGAAACAUCAGGAUAUGGAUCCACCAACUAUUAUUGAACAUCUUAAGAAGAUAUAUGGUGCACAAAGUAAGACGGCCCAAUAUCAAUUGUCCAAAACUUUGUUUAGAUCCACACUUAAUGUGGACUGUCCUGUUGGACCCCAUGUUCUUAAGAUGAUUGAUCUUAUUGAACAACUUGAGAAGUUGGGAUGUAAAUUGGGUAAAGAACUUUCACAAAAUUUGAUCUUGCAAUCUCUUCCAAAAAAUUUUCACAAUUCAUUAUUAGCUUUAAUAUGA